AUGUCCGAAGGCCAAGAGGUUGCGUUGUUCAACCGGAGACUCUUCAUCAUUGGGAUUAUGAGGCUCAUCGACAGCAUGAACGUGACCAUGAUCAUGCCGUAUGGAGUCCAGAUGGUGGCCAGGUUUUUGAAUCAGGACACCGCGAAUCCUCAAGUGAGUACGGCCUUUGCAUGGCUGGUGGGUCUUUACUCCUUCUUCGAGAUCGUUUUCUCCCCCUUCUGGGGCGUGGUCGCCGACCGCUAUGGGAGGAGGCCUUGCCUCCUGAUUGGCAUGGCCGGGACAGGUAUUGCAACCAUUCUGCUUAGCCUCGGACCGUCUUUGACCGCAGUCUUCCUGUUCCGUGCGAUGGAUGGCUUUUUCUGUGGAAACCAGGCCGUCUUAAGAACUUACUUGGGAGAACUGGUCGACAAGAGUAACGAAGCUCAUGCCUUCAGUUUUCUGGUGCUGUUCUUUGUCCUGGGCUUCAUUGUCGGGCCCCUUCUCGGUGCCCUGGCUUUCCCCGCACGGUGGGCACCCCAAGUGUUUGGCGGGACGCUCUUUGAGCAAUAUCCGGUCCUUUUACCAAACCUUUUGUUUGGAGUUUUCACGGCCAUUGUUUGCAUCAUCGGCUUUGUCUACUUGGAGGAGACGCUUCCCAAGAGCAAGCGCGAGGUGGAAGUGAAUGAAGUGGAUCCUGAGGCUAGCGAGGUCACCGAUGGCCAGUUGGCCACGGAGGUGGGCCCGGAGACGGCUGGCCAGAAAUCCUGCUAUGCCCUGCCGGUGCUCCAAGUGAUCGUCGCAUUCUGUGGAAUUGCGGGUGCUGUCGAGGCACAGAAUACCUUGGUGGUGUUGCUGUGGCAAUAUCCGCAAGCCUUGGGUGGAUUCGGGUUCAGCCCACAGCAGGUCUCCCUCGUCCAAAUCUCCGGCGGGGUGGGCCCGAUUCUGUGCCAUUUGACUUUCGGCCAGCCUUUGGUCAAGAGGCUGGGUUUCUUGAAGGUCCUUGUGUUGGGCUUUGUGAUCAACAGCCUCGCCUACAACCUUUACCCGGUCUACAGUCUUCUGGCCGAUCCCAAGUAUGGCCUGUGGAGAUAUGUCAUUUUAGGCCUUGCCGAGUUCAUAGGCAUGACUGGGACCUUUAUGCUGUUCUCUCCAGUCUUUGUCUUCCUGAACCGUGCCUCCAUCGGCCUCAAUCGCGCCACCGUCAACGGCUGGGCGAACUCCGGUCGUGCACUGAGCCGCGCGAUCUCUCCGCUGGUCGCCUCGCAACUGCUGCAUGUAUCAGAGACUUGGCCACUUGGACGGCACAUGCCCUUCUAUGUCACCAGUGCCUGCUUGGCUUUCUCCUUGGCGAUCUCAUGGUCUGGGCUGUGUAAGCUGAACUAG